AUGACCGUCAUCCUACGUGGCCUCGCCUGGCUGCGCGACUCAAUUGCCAACCAAGCCGAGCGAUUCUUCCUCAGAGUCCUCGCAGCGGGCCCGGUGCCCAGACAUGUCGCUUUCGUUAUGGAUGGAAACCGCAGAUACGCUAGAAAGCAGCAGAAGCAGGUACAAGAGGGGCAUGUGGACGGGUAUGUUGCUUUACGGCGGAUGUUGGAGGUCUGUCUGCGUUUAAAUGUCCAGUGCGUCAGCGCGUACGCGUUUUCGAUUGAGAACUUUAAACGCUCCGAAGAUGAAGUGGAGGCGUUAAUGAAGCUAGCGGAAGAAAAGCUGCUGGAGCUUUGUGAACAUGGGGACAUUCUUGAUGAAUACGGUGUCAGACUCAAUGUUUUGGGUAGAACGAGUCUCCUGCCAGAGAAAGUCCAACUCGCAGUUCAAAAGGCGGAAUACAUGACUCGACAUAAUACACGCGCUAUCCUUAAUCUCUGCAUGCCGUAUACAUCACGCGACGAAAUAACAACCGCCGUUGAAUCGUGUGUCCGAAACGCUGACCCUUCAAACCCCAUUCCGGCAACUUUUGCAGGACCGGACCGGGUCCCGGAUCAUGGUAGCCGGUGCCCAAGCAAAACCUUCUCACGACAACUUUAUCUCCAUGACCGUCAUCCUACUCCCCCACUCGACAUCCUCGUAAGAACGAGCGGGGUCAAACGGCUGAGCGAUUUCUUACUGUGGCAGUGUUGUGAAGAUACUCAGAUCCAAAUCUCUUCCACUUUCUGGCCGGACUUCGGCCUCCUUGACUUUGUACCUAUAAUUCUCGACUUCCAACGGAAAGCGUGGGGAAGGCGGAUAUCUCUGUAG